AUGUCCGACAAGCACACGCACAACAGCCCAACAAGACCUGAACAGCACUGCCAGCUGCGACCUUUGACCAAGCUUCAUGCUAGUCGAAUGCUACCAACAUUGAGUAUCAACGCUCAUUCUCGUCAGCAAGAUGAAGAUGACAGCAACCUAACACCUCCUUCUGUAGGCCGUUGGACUCACACCAGCGCACAGCCAGACGAAGAUGAUUGGAAGCCCAAGCACAAUAACCGCUUGGUGGAACCCAACCCAUCUCAGUUUCUUCAAUCCAAGAAGCCUAACAAGAAGGCAAAGAAAACUCAAUUCACCGAUCCGCCGGAGUUCCUCGAACACAAGACACUCAAUGACGAGACGGCAUUGCCUUCAAAGAUCAGCGCAUCACGGUUUCUUUUGUCUGAGGAGGCGACUGAUGGGUCAAAGACGGGUCGGCCUCGGAUUCCUCCUCAAGAGGAAAAUAAACGCAAUCGGGACUACAAAGGCAUCUUACUCCGUCCGUUUUAUGUUAGAAACCUCAAGGUGGCACAAAGUGCUGGUCUUUGA